UUUAUUCGCAAAGUUUCCCUGCUAAAAUAAAAGGUUGCUUCUGCGAUCAUGAUUUAGACACGGAAAAUACAGAACUGCUUAUCGAUAUGGAAUCAGCUCAAAUGGAAAACGAUUGUUUGCGUGUUUUAGAGCAAGCUCAUAUAGAGUUUAAUAACAACAACUUUAAUAAGGCCGAGGAUUUAUAUACAGAGUUCAUCACAUCUUGUCAAACAAGAAAAUGUGACGCACAUGACCUUGCUAUCGCCUUUAACAACCGUGGGCAAAUCAAGUACAAGAGGGUUGAUUUCUACGAAGCAAUGGAGGACUACACUCUCGCUAUUCAGGCGAAUAGCCGCUUCGAAGUCCCGUUCUACAAUAGAGGCCUUAUACGUUACAGGCUAGGAUUCUUCCAAGAAGCAGAGGAAGACUUCCGGAAGACCCUGGAUCUGAAUCCUGCUUUUGAAGAUGCAAAACUCAGUUUAAAGCAGACCAAAAUUGACAGAGAACAUAGGAUAAGCAGAGGGUAUUGAAGUGAAAGAUAUUAGCCAUGUGUUGGGGUACAUGCUGAACAAGUGAACACUUUCAGAAAUGCGUGCUUCAUCAACAUAGUGCAAAAAAAAUGCUUUAAAACAAAGGAAAUUAUCAGAAAUUAGUUUAAUUUUAUUUCCUAGGUGGCCGAUCUGUCGGAAGCACCAGUCCUUGGUUGUGACAUGC